AUGGCUUCAUUUGCAAAAGAGUGGAAUUCCCUGUGGAUACAUUUCCUCUUGUUUCUUCGCCUUUGCAACAGCGCGUGUGGACAGAUAGUGUACUCUGUAGUGGAGGAGACAAAUCCAGGGACUAUCGUAGGAAAUCUGGCGAAGGAUUUCAACCUCCUUGUUCAGGGUCUCGAGGUCCGUGGAUUUCAAAUUGUACCUGGACCUAAUAAGAGGUAUUUCGACUUAAAUGCUAAAACUGGCAUUCUUCACGUCAGGGAAAGAAUAGACAGAGAUGAGCUUUGUGAACAAAGCGUGAAGUGCUCUUUACCGUUAGAGGCCGUUGUGAAUUCUCCAUUAAAUAUAUACAGAUUCGAAGUCAAUGUACAAGAUAUAAACGACAACGCACCAACAUUUUACACAUCAACUAAAGAAAUAAGUAUUCCAGAGUAUGCUUUGACAGGAGAUAGAUUUGCUUUACCCAGUGCACACGAUGCAGAUGUAGGGAGUAACUCUGUGAAGAGCUACAAGCUCAGUGCGAAUGAUUAUUUCUCUUUAGAUGUUCAAAGUGGAGGAGAGCAGAGUGUAUUGGCUGAAUUAGUGCUGCAGAAAGCUUUAGAUCGAGAGAAACAGGCUGUUGUCCAGCUCACAUUGACCGCUGUAGACGGCGGAAAGCCUCCUCUGUCAGGAACAAUGGUAAUAAUAAUUACUGUUAAGGAUGCGAAUGAUAAUAAGCCUAUUUUUAGUAAAUCGCUGUACAAAGCCCGUAUUACAGAAAACACACCACCAGGUACCUCGGUUAUUUCAGUACACGCUACUGAUAUAGACGAGGGUCUAAACAGUGAAAUCGUUUACGCGUUUCUUGAUGACGGAAAUGACAAAUUUAUUAAUCUGUUUUCCAUACAUCCGGAAAGCGGAGAAAUUACCGUGAGAGGUAAUAUUGACUAUGAAAAGAGGAGUGCGAUUGAAAUUCGAGUGCAAGCUAAAGAUAAGGGGCUUAAUCCAAGAGAAGCGCAUUGUAAAGUCUUAGUAGAAAUUAUUGAUGUAAAUGAUAAUGUUCCCGAAAUUACUGUUACUUCUUUAGUGAACAAUGUGAAAGAGGAUGCUGCAGUUGAUACGAUGGUUGGAAUGAUAACCGUAGUAGACAACGAUUCCGGUGAAAACGGCCAAGUUAAUUUGAAAAUUCACGAUGAUGCGCCGUUCAAAAUCCAAAGGUCGUAUAAAAAUUAUUAUACAUUGGUGGUGAAAGGCCCCCUUGAUAGGGAGAGCGUCUCUACGUAUAAUGUUACCAUCAUAGCCACCGAUGAGGGAAUCCCACCUCUCUCUAGUACAACUGUUAUUACUUUACAAGUGUCAGAUGUGAAUGACAAUGCACCACGCUUUCCAGAGCCCAUAAUUAAUGUUUAUGUGAAAGAGAACAGUGAGGUAGGAGCUGUUAUAUCUACAAUAUCUGCUUCUGAUCCCGAUGUUGGCAAUAAUGCGAAGAUCGUGUAUUCAGUACUCGAUAGCUCAUCCAGAAAAACUCCAGUAACGACAUUUGUGAACAUAGACUCGGACAGUGGAGACAUACAUAGUCUCCAGUCUUUUAACUAUGAGGAAGUGAAGACGUUUGAGUUUAAAGUUCGGGCCACAGACUCCGGUGUUCCUCCACUGAGCAACAACGUUACUGUAAACGUUUUUAUUUUGGAUGAAAAUGACAACAGCCCCGAGAUUCUUCCUCCGUAUUCUGAGCACGGUUCUGUUAACACUGAGAACAUUCCAUAUUCUGCCGAAGCAGGCUAUUUUGUGGCCAAGAUCAGGGCUGUAGACGCCGACUCAGGUUAUAAUGCACUGCUUUCCUUUCACAUCUCGGAACCCAAAGGAAACAAUCUUUUCCGAAUUGGAACCAGCAGCGGCGAAAUCAGGACUAAGAGGCGAAUGAGUGACAAUGACUUGAAAACUCACCCACUGGUGAUUUUGGUAUGCGAUAAUGGAGAGCCUUCACGGUCAGCCACUGUGUCUAUUGAUGUUGUGGUUGUUGAAAGUACUGGUGACACUCAGAUUCCAUUCAGACAUGUGCCCAUAAAAGAGGACAGGUUUUCUGAUUUGAAUCUGUAUUUGUUGAUCGCCAUUGUGGCAGUGUCUGUGAUAUUUUUGCUGAGCCUCAUUAGUCUGAUAGCUGUAAAAUGCCGCAGGACAGACAACACUUUUAGCAGGUACAGUGCACCUGUAAUCACAACACACCCCGACGGGAGCUGGUCUUACUCCAAAGCUACUCAACAGUAUGACGUGUGCUUUAGCUCGGACACACUGAAGAGUGACGUAGUGGUUUUCCCAGCACCAUUUCCGCCUGCAGAUGCGGAUCUGAUCAGUAUUAAUGGAGGGGAUACUUUUACCCGGACACAAACUCUCCCUAAUAAGGAGAAGGUAAGAGUUAUUAAUCGUUUAUCCAGAUGUACUUAUCGGUUCUUAUGCGUGAUCUGCAGCUGA